AUGGCAAGCCAAGAAAUAGACGAGGAAGCCAGCGACUACGAGAAUGGAUUCGAGCUUGGCUUGUUUGAAACGGGCGAUGAAGGGAGUAGCUUUCGUACUCGCAACGACCCUUCAAGUCCAUAUCAGCGUACCAACAUCACUGAACGAAGGGGAGCUAUUGACAUCCGCUGUGUAGCCAAGGAUGUCAUUCACGGCUACAUGAAGGAUGGAGGCGACUACGCAACACUCCUCAUCUACGAUUUCCAGUUCGACCCGCGCAAAAGGGGUGGGCGGAUCUCAUCGGUGGACAUGGAGUUCUUGUAUUUUUCCACUGGUGACAAACAACCAGAGGUUAUUGAUAUUGCCCCCAAAGGUCGUAUGAUGCUGGCUCGUACGACUCAGAGCGACAGCAUCACGCAUGGUGUCGACACUUCUGCCGGCGCAGAUGUGCUGGGUGCCAAAUUCGACGCGACUUGGAAAUGGGAGAAGACCAUCAACCGCGAAAGCACUGAUGCUACUAGAAUUAUCGGGUCCAUCAACCUGAAGAAUCGCACCUAUGGUGCGUCCAAUGCAGCAUCUUGGACAAUCUUGGAGAACGAGUCGGUAAAGACGGGCGUCCCUGCGCAUCUUACUACAGCAAUACUAUUGCGACGCCACUCUGAAGAAGACGAUUUUCAAUGCACCUUCAAGAUCAAAUCGACUGUUGAUUUAGCCAGCAAAAUUAGACGUUUGUUUGGCUCCACUCCCCCAGACGACCCAAUUCUGUAUGAUCCCACUCUGACCCCUACCAAUCGCCUGCGUCACUAUGACUUGGAUAAUUUGGGAGAUAUCAAUCUUCAGGACAUCGGUCUGGUUGAGUUCGAAAACAGCUAA